GUCACGUCCUCGACGAAUAUAUUUCCCGAAUCAACUCAAGGGGGUGGUAUCUUUGUUCCAUUGUCAAUCUUCGACAAUGCUUCUACUAGUUUCGCUCGUUGCGCGGCAGCUUGGUUUUACGAUCCUCCUUCCAGUCCAGCAUCGGUACUGUCCGCUUCCCACUUGCAAAUCUCUCUUUCGAAAACUCUGAAUUAUUACCGCCAAUGGUGUGGACGCCUCUCAUAUGCUACACCAAAGCCCAAUGGCAGCCACAACCACCGCUAUCAACGAAUUUGGGUUACAUACAAUACAUCAACAGAUAUCGGGAUCCCUUUCGUCACCGCCAAAUCUCCCAAAAGUCUUUCGAAAUUUCUACCCAGUAUCUCGACUCGCAGAUUUUCACUGAAAGCAUGGGAUGCAUCUCAACUUCCAGCUGCCGAACUCCUUCCCAAGUCGAAACUAUCGGUUUCAGAAGACAGGGACGCUCCGAAUGUGAUCAUCCAAUUCACAACUUUUGCCUGCGGAAGCACAGCAGUGGCGAUAGAAAUUACCCACUGCUUCGCUGAUGCUGUGUCCCUAUCUCGCUUCGCCAAAGACUGGUCUCAUAUGAGCAGUUGCAUGUUCAGAAACGAACACCUUCCAGCACUCACUCCCAUCUUUGACCCACAACGCCUCGACUCUUUCGCAGCAGGCGACAUCGACACCUUUUCUCCCGAUCCCUCCAUCGUCACCAAAGCCCGUUCACUCCCACAACACAGAUACGACUGGCAUCUCCAAGUCCAAGGCCAGCCCUGGCCAACCCACACACCCGCCGAUUUCGACACUUCCCUCACUCUAUCACCAAGCACACCAAUCCCAUGGCACCAAUGGGACACGAAGGCCACUAUCUCGCACCACGUCCUUCACUUCUCAGCACAAGAAAUCCUAAACAUUUACUCGCUCGCCACCUCCCCUUCUUCCGGUACACUCGUCAAAAUCUCCAAACACGAUGCGCUCUUAGCACAUAUCUGGAGCCACAUCACCCUCGCACGCCAAAUCCCAGAAAACACAAUAGUGUAUCUAGACAUGACGUUUGGUCUCCGACCACGCGUCUCGCCUCCUCUGCCAGACUCUUUCCUCGGGAGUCCGAUUACACAUGCCGCUAUCCCUUCCACCGUUGCCUCUUCACCUCCAUCAAUUUCUUCUCUUGCACAAAUGAUCCGGAAAACACUUGCAAUUUUCACACCCGAAGCAGUGGCAAACCAUCUCCAUGACGUAGCAUUCGAAGUUGCGCCCCAGAGGCUAUGGAGGGCGUGUCUCGGUAGAGAGCAUGUAUUGCUGACGACCUGGGUGCAUGCUGGUGUUUACGAAGUUAAUUUUGGAGGUGGAGGGCCGCGGCAUGUGGAGGCGGUGAUGCCGAGUUGUGAUGGGCUUGUUGAGGUUAUGGAAGCGAGUGAUGUGAGGAGGGAGGGUGGGGAGAGGGCGGAUUGGAUUAGUGAGGGUGUAGAUGUUAGUGUUUAUCUUGAGGCUGAGACUAUGAAGCGGUUGCUUUUGGAUGGAGAUUUG